GUGUAAACAUGUCUGUAUACCGACUUAAUAAUGAAACAUUUUAAUCCACGUCAUGCCAAUAAAGCUUUUGAAUUUGAAUUUGAGAAGAAGAAGAGGAAGAAGAACUUGCGGGUGGCCUCCUGGUGACGUCAUGGGCAAACCCUCUCGUUUCAGUUCUUCUUUUCUCUGCCAUGCUCUUUCAACGCCAUCCUCGAUUUUUCCUCUAAGUUCCACCCUUCUCUGGCCGUUAUGCGAAUAUGUGACUCCGUUUUUUAUCUAGCGUCUUCGGAUCGGACGGGAAAAUACGUUUCGGAUUUUUACGGAAACACUCAAGUGCACACUGUACUAUUUCCUUGGUUUAUCGAUUGAGAAAUUGGUGCGAAGAUGAUUUUCCUAACGCUGUUCUGUAUUUUUGCCACUGUUAAUAGCGAGAUUCACGAUCUUCAUUACAUUUACACCGCCCUUUCGAAGCCCAUCAGUCAACCAGGAGUCUUUAAGUUCACCGCUAUGGGAAUUCUGAACGACAGGCCGAUUGACUUCUACAACAGCGAAGACAAGGUCAAGAAGCCGUUGCAAACAUGGAUGAAAGAACAUAACGAGAAAGACUACUGGGAGAAAGGCACACAGUCCCGCAGGAGCAAGGAACAGUGGUUUGAUGUCAACAUCAAAAUCCUGAUGGAACGCAUGCACCAGAACAAAUCAGAUCCAGAUGUCCAUAUUCUACAGUGGAUGCAUGGCUGCCAGGUGGAAAAGACAACUGAUGGCAAGCUGAAGUUUCAUAAUGGUUUUGACCAGUACGGCUAUGAUGGCGAGGACUUCCUGGCCUUCGACAGUAAGAACAUGGCGUGGGUGGCCCCUGUCCCCGCAGCUGAAUCCACCAAGAAGAAAUGGGACAACGUGCCUAUCCUCAGCCAGUACACCAAGGGUUACCUACAGACGGACUGUGUGCACUGGCUGGAGAAAUUUCUGAAGUACCAAGACCUAGAGCUCCAAAAAUUCUCUCCUCCUGAGGUACAUCUUUUUUCAAAGAAGUCCACCAGCCCUGACUACCGCACCCUGGUGUGUUUGGCCACCGGAUUCUACCCCAAAGAUGUGGCGGUAAACAUCCUGAAGGACGGUGUGCCAUUGACCGAAUUGGACAGGGUCGCCUCUUCGGGGGUGAGACCCAAUGGAGAGCGUAAGGAGACGUACCAGCUGAGGAAGUGGCUGGAGAUCAAGGCAUCAGACACCUCAAAGUACAGUUGCAGAAUCCACCACCGAACCCUGCCGAGUCCGAUCGAAGAAUCCUGGGAGAUUCACGAUCUUCAUUACAUUUACACCGCCCUUUCGAAGCCCAUCAGUCAACCAGGAGUCUAUCAGUUCACUGCUAUGGGAAUUAUGAACGACAGGCCGAUUGACUUCUACAACAGCGAAGACAAGGUCAAGAAGCCGUUGCAAACAUGGAUGGAAGAACAUAACGAUAAAGACUACUGGGAGAAAGGCACACAGUCCCGCAGGAGCAAGGAACAGUGGUUUGAUGUCAACAUCAAAAUCCUGAUGGAACGCAUGCACCAGAACAAAUCAGAUGUCCAUAUUCUACAGUGGAUGCAUGGCUGCCAGGUGGAAAAGACAACUGAUGGCAAGCUGCAGUUUCAUAAGGGUUUUAACCAGUACGGCUAUGAUGGCGAGGACUUCCUGUCCUUCGACAGUGAGAACAUGGCGUGGGUGGCCCAUGUCCCUGCAGCUGAAUCCACCAAGCAGAAAUGGAACAACGUGCCUAUCCUCAGCCAGUACACCAAGGGUUACCUGGAGACGGACUGUGUGCACUGGCUGGAGAAAUUUCUGAAGUACCAAGAGCUAGAUUUCCAAACUUCCUCUCCUCCUAAGGUGCAUCUUUUUUCAAAGAAGUCCACCAGCCCUGACUACCGUACCCUGGUGUGUUUGGCCACCGGAUUCUACCCCAAAGAUGUGUCGGUAGACAUCCUGAAGGACGGUGUGCCAUUGGCCGAAUCGGACGGGGUCGCCUCUUCGGGGGUGAGACCCAAUGGAGACCGUAAGGAGACGUACCAGCUGAGGAAGUCGCUGGAGAUCAAGGCAUCAGACACCUCAAAGUACAGUUGCAGAAUCCACCACCGAACCCUGCCCAGUCCGAUCGAAGAAUCCUGGGAGAUUCACGAUCUUCAUUACAUUUACACCGCCCUUUCGAAGCCCAUCAGUCAACCAGGAAUCUAUCAGUUCACUGCUAUGGGAAUUAUGAACGACAGGCCGAUUGACUUCUACAACAGCGAAGACAAGGUCAAGAAGCCGUUGCAAACAUGGAUGGAAGAACAUAACGAGAAAGACUACUGGGUGAAAGGCACACAGUCCCGCAGGAGCAAGGAACAGUGGUUUGAUGUCAACAUCAAAAUCCUGAUGGAACGCAUGCACCAGAACAAAUCAGAUGUCCAUAUUCUACAGUGGAUGCAUGGCUGCCAGGUGGAAAAGACAACUGAUGGCAAGCUGAAGUUUCUUAAGGGUUUUAACCAGUACGGCUAUGAUGGCGAGGACUUCCUGUCCUUCGACAGUAAGAACAUGACGUGGGUGGCCCAUGUCCCCGCAGCUAAAUCCACCAAGAAGAAAUGGGAUGAUGAGCCUAUCCUCAGCCAGCACAUCAAGGAAUACCUGGAGACGGACUGUGUGCACUGGCUGGAGAAAUUACUGAAGUACCAAGAGCUAGAUUUCAAAACUUUCUCUCCUCCUGAGGUACAUCUUUUUUCAAAGAAGUCCACCAGCCCUGACAACUGCACCCUGGUGUGUUUGGCCACCGGAUUCUACCCCAAAGAUGUGACGGUAGACAUCCUGAAGGACGGUGUGCCAUUGGCCGAAUCGGACGGGGUCGCCUCUUCGGGCGUGAGACCCAAUGGAGAGCAUAAGGAGACGUACCAGCUGAGGAAGUGGCUGGAGAUCAAGGCAUCAGACACCUCACAGUACAGUUGCAGAAUCCACCACCGAACCCUGAAGAUUCCGAUCGAAGAAUUCUGGGAAGUAAACCCGGAGACAAAAAGAUCAAAGGACUCUGUGGAAUCAGGGGAUUCUGGGAAGGGGUCCGCUACCUCUGAUGGAUCCAAAGAAGUGGCCAAGCCCUUGAUAGUCAAUGAGAUUCACAAUCUUCAUUACAUUUACACCGCCCUUUCGAAGCCCAUCAGUCAACCAGGAGUCUAUCAGUUCACUGCUAUGGGAAUUCUGAACGACAGGCCGAUUGACAUCUACAACAGCGAAGACAGGGUCAAGAAGCCGUUGGAAAAAUGGAUGGAAGAACAUAACGAGAAAGACUACUGGGAGAAAGGCACACAGACCCGCCGGACCAAGGAACAGUGGUUUGAUGUCAACAUCAAAAUCCUGAUGGAACGCAUGCACCAGAACAAAUCAGACCCAGAUGUCCAUAUUCUACAGUGGAUGCAUGGCUGCCAGGUGGAAAAGACAACUGAUGGCAAGCUGAAGUUUCAUAAUGGUUUUGACCAGUACGGCUAUGAUGGCGAGGACUUCCUGUCCUUCGACAGUGAGAACAUGGCGUGGGUGGCCCAUGUCCCUGCAGCUGAAUCCACCAAGCAGAAAUUGGACAACGUCUUCAGCCAGGACACCAAGGAAUACCUGGAGACGGUCUGUGUGCACUUGCUGGAGGAAUUAGUGAAGCUCCAAACUUUCUCUCCUCCUGAGGUACAUCUUUUUUCAAAUAAGUCCACCAGCCCUGACUACCGCACCUUGGUGUGUUUGGCCACCGGAUUCUACCCCAAAGAUGUGACGGUAGACAUCCUGAAGGACGGUGUGCCAUUGGCCGAAUCGGACGGGGUCGCCUCUUCGGGGGUGAGACCCAAUGGAGACCUUAAGGCGACGUACCAGCUGAGGAAGUGGCUGGAGAUCCAGGCAUCAGACACCUCAAAGUACAGUUGCAGAAUCCACCACCGAACCCUGCGGGGUCUGAUCGAAAAAUCCUGGGAUGGAAAGUGCCGUAACUGCGACUGUGCCACAGGCGCCAUUGUUGGUGUCGUUGUUGUUUUGCUCAUCGUCUUGGUGGCGGUGCUUGUGGGCCUGUGCGUUUGGCACAAGAAAAUGAAAGAUAAAAAAGGUGGGACUUCUGCACACACUCAUAUUUUUAACAUUGCGUUUUUAUAUAUUCUCAUAUUCUUUUAUAUUUAAUCAUAUUUUCAGUAACAUUUUUGAAAGAUAAGAGUUACAAGGUGAAUACCUUUAACUACCAGACAUGUUGGCGAUCAUUUUCAAUCAGUUCUGUGUCCACAAGAUGUCUAAGACAGCCCUGAGAGCAAAUUCUACAUGAUUUAUAAAAAAUGGUUAAGAGGCAACAAACAAUAGCAGAGUAUCUGGAACCUUCCUGAGUUAUGCCACUCUCUUUUUAGCUGCCCGAGCUCCUGUGAACCAUCCUCUGGCUGGUGAGUCAUUUUUACUGUACUGCAGAUGUUAAGCACUAGUUGGAACCCCUCCUCUGUCUGGAAGUUACAGAAAUAUUAAGUCAUUAUCAAGGGAUAUUUAGACGAUGUGGUUUAGCCCUAAACAGGAUUGCCGCUUUUGUGUUUCUCACAGGAAAUGGCCUAGCUUGUGGAUCUACGAUACUCAGUUCUGUUAAAUGUGUCCACUGACAGAAUUUACAUAUGCACACAGACAUUUUUGGGAAGGUAUUGAAGGAUUUAGAAUAAGCUAUUGAACACUGCCAUUUAAUGUAUUUCACUGCUUUUCAGGAGUAAAAAUGGAGACAAAAGGAUCAACGGACUCUGUGGCAUCAGGGGAUUCUGGUAAUGUUCACUGCCUUUUGAGUAUGAAAAUGCAUGAAGAAAUGAUUUUAUCAGAUUUAAUGUGUGUGCAGGAAAUGAGUCUGAUUAAGCACCUUUCCUGUUUUUCUAGGGAAGGCGUCCUCUGGUGGACCCGAAGAAGAAGUGAACGAGUCCUUGAUGGCCGAUGGAGCCACAGCUUGAAGCCGCUGAAGUAGUGUGACGGGUUUGGUCUGGUGGCAUGAAACAGCUCUUAACCCAAACCUCUGACCAUGACCUUUCCAUGCAAACCUGUUUUGAUCAGCAUUUUUUACCAUUUAAAUGAUUCUUUCUGAUAGCUGUAAGCUGUAUGCAUCAUCCGGAAGCCACUCACCAAUAAUUCAGGAAGUUUUAACCUAAAAUUCAGAGUAAAAUGAAAUGGUGCAAUUGUACAGUGAGGUAGGUGCCAGUUAGACACCUAACCAGGUAGAAGAUCGACCUGACCACAUAUACAGCAUGAAAUAACAGCAAGUUGUACGGCUAUUUUACAGCUAUAGCAGUGUGUUUUUAUAUUUCUUUUAAUGAUAUCAACUGACUGACUGACAGUCUAAGCAGUAAAUACUGCAUUACAUUAAGCUUAGAAUCUUCUCUUAAGCGUCAAGUUGCUUAGUACACAAUGGGCCUCAUUCACAAAACUUUUCUUGAAUUAUCUUUACUUUUGUUCUUUAAAAUGUUCCUAUAUGGGAUUCAUGACACAUUUGAUAAUGAAUGCUGACUGUUUGUAAAUUUUAUGUGCAGCCCAGUUCAUGUGCUUAGCAUAAGGAAACAGCCAUGAACAAACACAGAUAAGAAAAGAAUUAUGAUCAAUUGUGAUCGUACACGUUUUGUGAAUGAGGUCCAAUGUGUCCUUGGAAGUGUGAGGAGAGAGAAUAGAAAGAAAUAUUUUAAUGUUUGGAGUUCAAGGUACUUAAAUUUUUGUGUUCUUAGCAGCCUUUUCAUUAUUUUAUCACAAGUAGUUACUAGUUUCCUGGCAAUUAGCAAAAUAAGUUGUGAAUGAUUUAAUUAUGAAAUUUUGCUCAAUGAACUUGUAUUUAGGUAAGGAUUUAAAUAGAAAUUGAUUGCAAUCUUGUUUCAGCCAUGUGGACUACAAACAGGUGUGUAAAUCUAAGUGAUUAAGUAACUAUGCUCAGAAAAUAUGCAUUAAAAGUAAUAAUGUUUUCUUUUUUUAAUUUGUUCCAGAAAUUAAGUACUAAAUUAAUACCUGACCUGAAGAUAGCGUAAUUGGCUCUUAUUGGUAGUUCCUCACCUGUUAGCUUGUAUACUGGUGGAAUGGAGUUUGGUCUUAGAAAGCCAUCAGAACAUGGCACCAUUUCACUCAGGGAGGAAAUAAGUUAACACCUGUGAAUCUCGUAGUCUUAUCUUAAGUAAAAUCAUUUGAGUGCAGUUCUUUUCUGAAUAUGCUCAUUAUAUUGUGCUUUUUUUUUUUCUUAUGAAUUUUGGCACAUUGCUUGUUGCAUUUAAUACUGAAGACUUUUGUCAAAUGUGGUAUU